AUGAAUUUUUCGUUUGUAGAUACCUUAGGAGGCUAUCUCCCCCCACAAAAUAUUUCACUCAUAUCACAAGUGCAUCCACCUCCAACUUUCACACAGUUAAAGCCAUCGCUUAUUGAAGGCUUGCCCGAUGGGAUUCUUGCCCUUAUAGCACCAGUUGUGGCCUACUGGACGUAUUCCUCAUUCUUCCAUAUUAUUGAUGUUUAUGAAUUGGCGGAAAAGUAUAGAAUCCACCCUUCGGAGGAGGAACUUUCAAGAAACAAGGUCACACUCAGGCAAGUUGUAUACGACGUGAUACUUCAGCACAUAAUCCAAACUGUUGUAGGCUAUGUUGUGUAUAGGAUAGAUCCUCCAUCCACGAUAGGGCAUGAACUUAAUUUCAUGUGGCACAUGAGACAGUGGUUGCCGCUGUUUGUACCAAACGUAGUUGUUUGGUUCAUGUACACGUACUUGUGGCCAACUUUUCGGCUAGUGGCUGCUAUUUGCAUAAUUGAUACAUGGCAGUACUGGCUCCAUCGCUACAUGCAUACUAACAAGACUUUGUAUAAGCGUUUCCAUUCAAGACACCACCGUCUUUAUGUUCCAUACGCGUAUGGUGCCUUGUAUAAUGAUCCAGUUGAAGGGUUCUUGCUUGACACUCUUGGAACUGGGGUUGCUGGUAUUAUCACCCAACUUUCAGCCCGUGAGUCUAUCUUUCUUUACACUUUUGCUACCAUGAAGACGGUGGACGACCACUGCGGAUACAGACUUCCUUACGAUCUCUUUCAAAUCAUUUUCCCUAACAAUUCGGUAUACCAUGACAUUCACCAUCAGAUUUGGGGAAUUAAGCACAAUUUCUCCCAGCCAUUUUUCACCAUUUGGGACAGAAUGUUCAAGACCGAAUAUGAAUUUGUAGAGGAAUACAGGAGUGAACAGCAUCAAAUUACAUUGGAAAAGUAUAGAUUAUUCUUGAAGAAUAGAAAGGCAGCAAAGAGUAAGAAUCCUAAGAUAGGAUUGGAGGCUUCGACGAGCGUACAAGUCUCUGAAAUCAGAGUGAACCAAGAUAUGGAGGAAUCGACAAGCGAAGAUACAUUGGAAUUUGAAGAGAAGAAGGAUAUUUGA